AUGUUGCAGCUGAAAGAAAUAGCGGAAGAGGAUCCCAACAAGGAUGAAGUGGUGCCAAUCCCCGUUCAGAUCUUCCUCUGGAGACAGUCAACGCCUUUCGUUCGACCUCGACUUGGAAAAGUUCACGAUGCCGCUUGCAUGUCUUUCGAGAAGGUGUUAGUACAAGAUCUUCGGUUUGGUCUUUCUGCGAGUCUCUCUGAAGCAAUAGAGGCAAUUCCACGAUGGAGGCUUAUUCAGGCUUCCUUUCCACACGUCAUGCAUGCACUGGCGGCUUUGUUGCACAACAGGAUAAAAGACAACAUGCAGUCCCUAGGAAAUGUGGAAACAAAACUACUGUACACACUACAUUGGAUCCUAUUAGAUGCAUCAGAUGAAUGUGCCGAGGCUGACUAUGAAAGUGGUAUCUUCUACUCAAACCCUUUCCACUACUUGUUUUCUGUACCUGCUAUGACUGUCUUCACUAAAAUAUCGUUUCAAAUUAAAGGCAAGUUUUCCAAAGAAGACCCAGCUAAUGGCGCUAUGAGCCCUCCCAGCCAGAAUGUAUCCAGCGGCCAUUCAGAAGUGCCGUCCAAACAAGUCUGCACUGAAGAGGAACCAUGGCUGUCGUCACCCAAAGACACAAUAUUCCCUGAAACUAUUCCUGAAGAAAGCUCUAGCACUGAAGAAGAACAUGUGUUUAUCUACCGUUUACCAUCUGAACAAAAUUGCGGGGGAGCUGUCAAAGAAACCUACACAGUAUACGCUGCUGAUCCAAGUAUCUUCCAAUUACGAAAAGCUGAAGCUUUGAAACAACCAUUGCCUGGUAUCAAGCCCUUGCCGCAAGUUACUAAAAUGAGUUCUUCAGAUAAAGAGUCUCUGUCUGACAGCGGAGGUGCCCCACAACAUUCCAAAGGCACUCCUACAUCAGGUGAUAAGGCUUCAUCUCCAAAGCAGGCAAACGUAUCGGCGGCAACUUUUCUAGAUGUUGCUACCCUCAGAUGCCUCUUUACAUCUACAUGGCAAGAAGAGGGAGUGUAUUGGGCACUUCAUUACUUGUAUAACAGGCUUCGAGAUAUAUGUGAUGAGUUAUCCAAACAAACUCAUCCUCGUCGCCGAAGCAACUCGUUACCAAUACCAAAAAUAGAAGUCUCCGUAUACCAAAGCUCUGAUAACAAAGACAAAGAAUCUUUGAAGAACUUCAUAGAAAUACCUGAAGUAAAAGAUAUAUCCCCGGUCACAGAAAUACCAUUCCCACUCAUACAAAAAGAAGAUGACCGUAUAAUGACUAGAAGAGCAAGUGAAAAAGUAAAACGUAAAAUGAAAAUGGCAGACUUGAAAGCUUUCGUAGAGACGAAAUUGCUAUCGAAAUCUGAGAAGGCGCUUGAGAAAAUCGGACAUGACGACCAUAAGUUCAGUUUUCAUACUGCUGUGAGAAUGAUAUCUGAGUACCACCGAAGUCUCGACCAUACAGACGUAAGGCCUAACUCUGCCAUGGCAACAAACUUCGCUCCUCGAGGACCGAGGCUAACCGGAGAUUUUCUCCAAACUAAUCUCAUUAAAGGAAAGAGUAUGCCGAGCCUUAGCUGUUUGAUUGACGAACAACCGCAUACUAAUGGAUAUAUCGGUGAGAUGAAGACUGAGCGAGCGCAUGGACCUCCGACCGUAAUACCAUCCAACGUACAGAAGAAAAAGAACCCUAUUAUUACAGUCACUGAGCACACACCUUCGCCGUCUCCGGACUAUCUGUCUAAAACUGGACAGGGUUCAAUGGAAUCCCAAAUAGAUUCGGUAAGCAUGCAGGGAUCACAACACCUACCGACUCCUGAACGCAAACCGAGUCUGACUCGAUCGCAGACAGACUCCAACAUCACUUACGUAGUGGAGGAAAUUCAGGAAGCACCGGGUUCUUUGCAUUACAUAACUCAGGAUGGUGACAUUGAUUUCCAAGUUGUUCUCAAGGCCGUGUACUCCGUAUCAACGAUGGACAGUUAUUAUAUAACCAUCCGCGUAAUGGAGGUGAUGCUCAACAUGGUAGAUACUCUGAUGGAGAUAGGGGUCCAUAAGAACUGGCAAAACGGCAGACCUGAUGACCCUCAACCUGAGACUAUCGAUCCUCUAAUUGACUUCGGGAAAAAAGAGGAAAGCAAGGAAAGAGAUUCCGGCUUACCAUGCGGCCAAAGCCAAGAUUCGACAAAUGUGGACGGUGGAGACAGCGCCAAGGACAAGCUAAAGGAAGAAGAGCAUUUGGACUGUCCUUACUACAUGAUAAUGCAUAUUGUUCUUCGUCUUCUUCGUCAACUGGGUUGCUCCCACGGUUGCACUACAGCCUUACGCGGCCCGCAGGCAGAAUGUCUUAGAGUGCAAGCUCGCAACUCAUUACGGGUCUUGCGAUCGGCUAACAUUCCGAAGUUCACCACUCGCAUUCGUGAGAUGACGAAGUUCGCACCUAUAAGGGAGGUGUUGGAUAACUUGCAUGCUACUAUUGGAUUUUGCACUGAGUCGAGUAUGGUGUCGCCUAUGAAUCAACAAAAACGCAACACCACAAAAAUGCCCGACGUAAAUCAGCUACAAACGGGGUACGCCACAAACUUCGGUGCUGGACAAGGAUCUAACACGAACAGAGUCAUUGAAAACUUCAUCGUCGAAUCCACUUUCCGAGUGUUGGUUACAAGAUUUGCUCUCAUGCAUAAGGAGUUGAAGAUGCUUGAUAACUCUGCCCUAUACAUGGAAGUUCGCCACGUCCUUAACUACGUUCGCGAAGCACAUGGUAGCGAAUUCAGAGUGGUAGCUUUGAGCUCCUUACUUGACACAGCUGAGCGGCCUGACGUUCCUCAGAAAGAAUCUAACAUGCAAACUACUAGAGUUAUCAGACAUAUCCCUCGUGUACAACAAGACGACGAGCGAGGUUCGGAUACAGGUGCAGAUUCUGGUUUUACUGGUGAUGAACGUACGAGUCAUAAGAAGUUCACUUUUAAGAAACGAAGUACUUCUUCUACGGGCGCCCAUAGUUUACUGGACACAGAGACAGGAGACGAAUCAGCCAGCCAAUCACCGCUCUCUGUGCGAACACGCCGCUAUCAACUAACGCCGCGCCAAUCAGAACGCACUAUCCCCUCUGCUGAUAUUACACCGCAUCAUAAAUCUUCGCAUUCUAAAAACUCCAAAUUCCAUUUUAUAGGUAUUGUAAAUUGGUUCCGUCAAAAACCUCAUUCGCAAUCUACAUCGCAGUCACUGCUCCGUAACGGUGGAGGGUCAGGUGAAUCUUUGCCUAUAUCUGGGAGCAUGGCUUCUUUAGGGCGCCCGCCGCAACUAUCUCAACCACAUACUUCAAGGCCUAUACAUGUAAAACGACGCGUUGGAUAUACUUUAAAUAGGGCUAGAAAGAGGGUCGAAGACAGACUCAAUAGGAUUGGCCUAAGAAAAAUGGGAAAGAAAAGGGAUGGCAGCAUUGAGGAGAGUUCUGGCGGAUUUAUGUCCAGAAGAGGUUCGACGGAAGGUGGCUCGGGUGGUGGAGAAUCAGAAGUAGUGGUACUCAAACGACGUCGUCUAGUAGCAGCUGCGCCACUUUAUGCAGGCUUAGCGAGAUUCAAUUUAAUAUUGGACGCAACUCAACCCGGCGGCACUCCGGAUGCGCUUUUCAUGGCCGCCAUUUUAGAUUUGCCACAUACUGUUGUAGUUGGUCGAGCAGCAAUUCUACUUGAAUGCGCUCAUCUGGUUCAUAAUUGCAAUAAAGGUCAAUGGCCUUAUUGGCUAAAAUCUAAUGUUGCUAAGAAUGCAGCGGCCUCCAGUCCACAACUGAAGAGACAACGAUUGGCCGGAAAAUUGUUUUAUCAAUGGGCAGAAGCGAUAGGCAACAGAUUGGAAGAAAUGCUGGUAGAGGACAGAAAACACAUUGAAACUGUAACUAAUUUGGUGAUUGAUGCUGAUGGGCAGAGGGAGCUUUUGCAGCAGGACGAGGAAGAGGAUUUUCUUGAUGAAGCGAGUAUACGUAUGCCCGGAAAGCCUAUCGGUGCCGAUUGCCCCCGAGCCCUGAGAAUAAUCGCGUGCGUUCUCUUGUUCGAAAUAACUGCAUUCCUCCGCGAAACGUAUCAAAACCUUCCCAAGACUUCGCGAUCCUCCUUGAAGGAGAGAGGACCUUGGGACCGAGUUUACAGAUGGAUGGAAAAACGAAGACGUUUGUUAUGUAAGAAUAAGGCUCUUAGCAGUCAACACAGAUUAAUGCCAGUCGAGGAAGCAAACCGUCGUUGGAGUAUGGCCCUUUCGAGCAUGGGACAGUCCCAAGCAUCCGCUCAAAGUCUGCAAUCUAUUGCUGGUGGAGACACUGAGAGAAAAAUUUCGUUUGUUUUGCAUGAACCGGAAAAUGUCUCUGGAGGAAGCAAUGUUACCCUCGCAGACCCAGUUCCUGCAGUACCGGAUGACAAAAAGGGCCGUUUAUGUUCUCGUGGCGGUAAAGCGGGCAUGCAUCGACGUAAUACGCAACAGACUCACGGUGCAUUUGGAUCCUUUAAACGACGCUCUAUUAAGUUACGACCGAAAGAUGUUAAAGAUGUUGAUGAGUACGUAAACCGUAGAUCAGAUUCAAUACAAAGCAGAAGGAAGGUUUCGUCGCUUUCAGACAGAAGCGACACUUCUGAGAUUUAUCCUGGCACAGGGGGCACAGUCAUAAUGCCAACCGAAGUAGACAGUGGCGGUGAGGAGAGUCCAGGAGUGUUAUCGGACGACCACGAUCAUCCACCUGACAGUCCUGACAGCAACUCUACCGAUCCUCAGGACAGUGGCAAGGGAUUACCUUGGUUAAAGACGAUGGUAAAGUUUCUGAACUCUUUCAACUACGUGUGCUGCCACCAGAAUUUCUGUCACCCGUACUGUUUCCGUCGCAACAUGCGAGCUAGUGUGAGACUUAUGAAAUCUGUCCAGAAGAUUUACGGCGAAAAGUUUGGCCCUGACGUCAACCAAACAAGUUCAGAAGAAGGUCCUAUUGGAGUCCGUAGGGGUAGGCGAUCUCGGAAACCAUCAGAACAUUCUACCGACAGGGUUGACCGCACGGUAUUAGAAACCGCCGGACUAGCAUACCGCGCGGCCGGAGUAGAACAUACACUGUCAAGCACAGAGACACCACCCAAUGUCACCAAACCGGGGGCUAUUCCGUACCCACCUGUGGAACCACCGCCGAUAUUGAAGUAUUUGAAGGCACAGGUUCGAGACGCCUACCAUACACCUCUAGCUACUCUCAUUAAAGGUGCUACGACAAUGAGUGAAGAACUCUUCGCAGAGUCAGCUCCCGUGGCAUGGCAAUUACUGUUGGAAUCAGACAGAGAACUGAGUGCUUGUGCUGCAGCGUUGUUCAUACUGUGUGCUGUGAAGGCGCCUACUGUUGCUUCGGAAAUAAUGCACGCUGAUUUGAAACAUGCUGAGCCUGAUGUUAGGAUUAAUGGUAUACUAAGAUUUCAAGUAAUGUGGAAGCUUCGCUAUCAAGUAUGGCCACGUAUGGAAGAAGGUGCUUCUAUGACAUUUAAGGUUCCUCCACCAGGCAUAGAGUUUACUCUACCAUCUCCAAAAAUUGGCAUUGAAUCUCUCGCUGUUGUUGAUCCGCCAUGGUGUCCGCAGGCAAAAGAUAAAGAUGUUGAAAUGACCUUGAAUCAGGAGCAUAAAAUUACAAUAAGAAGACUAACAAGAAAAGAAAGACACAAGCGUUCUCUAGUAACAGCGACCAAAACGCGAAAGAAACAACAGACGGAGGCUAUAAAGAGGGCGCUUCAACAGCGUAACGACAAGAAGAAAGCUGAAAGGGAGAGUUUUCUUAUUACAACUAUUCCGAUUACUAGACAGGCAGCGAGGGAGCCUGCCCUGGACCAUGCAGCUGAUGAUCAUAUUGAACCCCCAGCAGACGAAGAAAUGGUAGAAGGAGUACGUGGAUCGCAUCAUACGCAAGUUGCUUCUGCGUUAUUCCCGUCAGUCCUGUGCUCAGCGGUGGCGGAAAUAGUCUCGAUGUUAGAUGACGCCGCGGCACGUGAAGAAGAUGGGUGUUCCGUUUAUGAAAUUGCUUAUCAGGUGAUCUGGAACUGCCUUGUAGAAGAUUCCGCUCUAUUUCUUCGCCAUGUUUUGGAGCGACUCACACGCGACCACCAAGACGAAAUGUUCAAACUUCUUCGGCACCUCAUUCGCUUUAUACCUCGCCUGCCGCAGCAGGCCGCUUUUGCACUGUACAACUAUAUCAUUGGAUAUGUCAUGUUCUAUGUGAGAACCCCUCAUGAAGACGGACAGAGACUUAUUGGAGCAGCUUUAUCGAUUUUAUGGAUGGUGGUCCACAGCGUACACGGUAUUAUGUUUAAAGACCUAAAACAAAUAUUACGCAAGGAGCAAUGUGAUGCGCAAAUAUUGCUGACUGCUAAUGUGCCAGCUGCUAAAAAAAUUAUCGUCCAUGGACCGUCUGACAACGAAGGCAGUAUCCCGUCCCAGUUCCCCAUACAAGAAGACACAAAGUUCAGUUUGGUAUUAAAGGAGUCGCUCGACUUUUUCGGUAUUCCCGACGACAUGCACGACAAAUAUUUCCUUGUGGACUUUAAAACCCGUCAAAUUCACAACCCGAUCAACUACGUUCGCGAUCACUAUUUCUUCAAACGGUCACAGUACCCUCAGUUAAGAUUGGUACACAUGGAGACGGAAGAGGCUUUCGAAAAGUUACAACAACAAGAGCUAUUACAGAAGUUUGUUGAAAUCGGAAAGGUCUUGUUGACUUGGGCUAUAUUGAAAAAUGUUGAUAUGGUGGUCCAAAGGGUAGUGUUUCUGCAUGACGAAUUGAUGAAACUUCCAUCAUUCCCGCGUAGAGCUUUAGAAUCAGAUUUGACGCUCUAUAAUGGUGGGACACUUGGAUCUACUCUGCUUGGAUUAGACGUUUUGCACAAAUUUAUGUGGGUACGCCUUAUAGCCCGUAUGUUCGAAGCAAUGGCUGGAAACUUUACAUCAUCGCGCGACAUUCAUCUAUUUCUGAAUGUGUUAAACGGAGCACUGAUGUUGCAUAGUGAAGAUUCUCUCAUACUGCGAUAUGUGAUUGCCACUUAUGUAAACGCCGCUUCGAAUUUCAAGAAUAUAUUCUCCACAAAUGGCUACCUCCUUAUAAUGCCAACACUACUACAAAUAUACUCAAACUUCCAAAACAACAAGCUGGUAAGGACUACAAUUGAAUAUGCAGUCAAACAGUUCUACUUACUGAAUAGGAAACCUUUUAUUCUGCAAAUGUUUGGGUCUGUCUCCGCCAUUUUGGAUACUGAUGAAGACGCGCAAUACGGGGAUGCGAGUAAAGUACAAUCAAGCUGUUUAUUCAAUCUCCUUCUAAGUCUGGAAACGCCAUCACCAGAUCCUCUUCACAUAGCUGAAUUAAUCAAAGAGGACAAACCUUUAAAACCAAUAGACUUCUGCUAUCGCGAUGAGGACGAAAUGGUCAAUGUGUUGGACUGCAUCAGUCUUUGUGUUAUGGUUGUUUCUUAUUCGGCUGAGAGUAUUAGGGGAUAUCAGAUGCUUAUCAUUCUAGAAGCAAUACUACCUUGUUAUGUGAAACAAAUUCAACUGCCUACGUACGAUUUGCUAGGAAAGACGGAAAAGGAAAUUAUUCAACAGUUGGCUAUUGCUAUCAAAACGCUUGUUAACAAUUGUGAAGCACUUUCUAAGUCCUACAAUGGUCCGUACCGGACAUCACCCGAACACAAAGGUUCGUCUCAACGUGGUGGACCAAGAGGCACAAAUACAAAUUUUCUUAACGAGUUUGAAGAAAUGUCUCGUGUGUCGGGUGUUAACCCUACAACGGCUAGCGCAGAACAUUCGCGCCGCGACCCGCAAAUUGAUUACACUAACGCUGCUGAUUCUGAGUUGAUACGUGCCGAAUAUAGGCGACCACGUGACGUACUCCUUUCUCUAGUAGGAGAUUUCAUAGGCCGAGCUACGGCAAGACUCUUGGAGCUCAAUGGAUCUAAAGGCAGCGGAGGCAGUGAAGGAAAACCUGUGGAAUUGCUGGAUUCAAAAUCACAUGCUCGUUUAGCAGAAAUAGCCCAUUCCCUGCUCAAAGUGUCACCCUACGACCCUGAAUCCAUGGCUUGUCGCGGUCUAGAACGAUAUAUGACGCUUGUACUACCAGCCGGGGAUUGGGCCGACGACGCGCUCAGACCAUCCCUCAUUAUGAUCAUGAGACGCCUUGAUAAGGUGUUCUUGAAGAUUGCUAAGAAACCUGGCAUACGGAGAAACACCGACUGGGAUGCAGCCGCCAUGUUAUUAGAAGGCGUGUAUGAAACAAUGGUACGAUGUCCUUAUAUUAUGCAGUGGGCACAAGUUAAGACACUUCUUAACACUGUCCAGACAUUAAUAGUAGCAGAAAACAAUGCCGGUGAGAACCUGUCGUCAGCAACAGCGGCGUUAAUGUCGCAACCUCCGCCGCCGCACUUCUGCAGCAACGUCGUCAGGCUGAUUGCAUUGCAAGUUAUUAAUACUGGAGACAGCUACUCGUUAGAGCAGAUGUGUGGAGGCAGUGCGAUAUUCCCCUCUCCAGAAAAAACCGAGAACAUGCUUAUGAACUUAUUCAUGCCACUUUGUCUGCGAGUUGGUAGUGGAAGGAAAGAUGUUCCUCCACUUCGUCAAUCGGACGUAAGCUACAUCGUGUCAGUGAUUCUGAAUGCUUUAUGUCCACCCGCUGCGCCGGGCCAAAUCUCCGCAGUCAAUGCUAAAUUGAACGCAGCCGAGGCCAGAGCAAAUUCGUUAACGUUCACAGGAAGCAGAGACAUUAGAAAUACUACAAGACUGUCUAAUCAGAUGUAUAAAAUCGCUUUCUUGUCGUUAAAAGUUCUGUGCGCGUGUUUCACAAGUGAACUGUGCAACGAAUGGGGCCGUAUUGCGCGCGCCAUGCGUGACCUCGGCCGUAGAAACGAAGCAGCACAUCACCUGUGGGAUUUCCUCGAACACGCCGUCACUUACCGCACUCCGCUAUACGUCUUAUUACUACCUUUUAUUGUCCAUAAGCUAUCGCAACCACCAAUCGGCGAUCACGAGAGACACAUGCAGUUCGUAAUCCGCGAGCGAGUCCGUGGCCUCAAACUACCCGCUUCACGCGCAAGAGGAAUGCUGCUUUCCGAUCUCGCUAAAGAACUACGCGUAUUGAGGGAUAAUCAUGACAGCUACAAAUUUGAACAAAUAGCGGAAAGCCUAGGCGGCGCUAGCGGUGGCGGCAAGCGAGCAUCAGAGGUAUUCAGCGGGGGCCGAGUCGAUAACAAGCAUCGCCCGUCUCUCAUCUCUACAUUAUUCUACCCACGCAGUGGCGUACCUAGGACGCCGGACCAUCCCUCAUCUACCCCUCUAACAGCGCAACGAGAGUCAGUAUCGAGCAGCUCGACCACUAGCCAGCAUAUCCAGCAACAAUUUGAGGCAGGUAACAGCAGCAGCCGCCCCAGCGACAGCGGGAGCAACCAAAACGCACCAGCAGUACAAUCCAAUGGAAAUGGCAAAGAUGAGAAACCAACUGCCGGCACUCCGUCAUAUGUGAAUAACCAUAAACUGCGCUUCGUGUCUUCUGUAGAAUUUAAAUAUACCACAGGAGAAACUUCAAUGUCGCCUUUAUCCCCCUCUUCGCCUGGUGCGGGGUCAACGGGCGGACCGACAGACGCCGAAGGAGGUGAUGAAGAUCGACCGAGGCUGCAGAGGGCGCACGGGCCUUCUAAAAAGACCUUCAAGUUUAGACGCAGUCGCCAUGCAAGCAAACCUGAGCCAGCCCAUUUACGUUUGGAAUCGGACGAGUGUUCAUCUCCGGGAGCAGAGGGUACCCCACUACGCCGAGCUUGGCCGCAAUCGCCACUGACACCAUUACUGCAGCCAACCUGCGUCAACACAGACACGUCUUACGACAGCGAGAUCUCGCAAACAUCGUCCACCUCCGGAUAUAGGGAAAGCUACAGUCUACAAGCAUCGAUGACAGAAUCUCCUGGCGGUUCAGCGCGAGUUGCCUUGGCGUCUCCCGAAGCACCUUCCCAGCGAACAGCAAGCGCUACCCCGCAAGCCAGCCCCGACGGUAAACCCCCCUUCGUAUGUAUACAAUUUACACGCAACGGUACGCUGUCGUCAUCCCGACCCCGCCUUCUCUCUUCCUAUCUACUAGUGCUCAUCAUUAAGUUGCGACUCGGCUACGUCAUCGGCGGAACGGACAGCUUUACUCGGUGCAGCUAGCCAACGGUCUUUACUUUUAAGCAGCGAAUUGAGGGAUGAAGAUACACUACUUUAAACAAUAUAUGGAUACUAAUACACAUGUGGAUACUAUAUUUUGUUAAGAGGAAAAUUACAGCAACGUAUCAUGGUUACAAUAUACUACUAUGUUAUAAUUGAGUAAAUAUGCUAAAAACUUCUUCACAUAUUAUAUUGUAAUUCAAUGUAUGGAAAAAUGUUCCACUUAAUACACCCAUAAAAUAUUGAAACUACACACAUUUAUUAACUGACAUGCAUUUGUUAAAUUGUAUAAUGUUUAAUGACAACAGUAAGUAUGAAUUAUAAGCUACCUUUAUAUGA